UGCCCGCGCGCCCGAGCCGGGCCCAGGCCCAAGCCGAGCCGGCGCGAAUUUCAGGCCCCGGGAGCAGAGCCCGAGCCGAGUCUCAGCAACAAGUUGCGGGCCGGGCCGGGGCGCGGCGACCCCGCUGCGGGCGAGGAGAGCGGCUGACCGGCGGCCAGUGGGAACCAGGAAGGGGGGAGGGUCUCUCCACCUGGAGCCGCUGCCCGUGGACACCCGGGGGUCUUUGCGCUGAGUUUGGAGGACCCUCGGAGUCGCCGCCCAGCCCGAUCGCCCGCACAGUAACGGUCCCGGCCCGAGCUCCGGCUUCGGCCUUGCUGACUGCUCACCUGCUACCUGGCCGGCCUCCAGGGGCGCCGGGCACCGCCUGCCUUCUGCCCUGCCGCAAGCCCAGAGCUGAAGCGCUGCAGCAUGGCGCACGGCUGCCUGCAGGGCGUCAAGUACCUCAUGUUCGCCUUCAACCUGCUCUUCUGGCUGGGAGGCUGCGGCAUCCUCGGCGUCGGCAUCUGGCUGGCGGCCACUCAGGGGAACUUCGCCACCCUGUCCUCCUCCUUCCCGUCCCUGUCGGCCGCCAACCUGCUUAUCGUCGCCGGCACCUUUGUGACGGCCAUCGGCUUUGUGGGCUGCAUCGGGGCCGUCAAGGAGAACAAAUGUCUUCUGCUCGCUUUCUUCGUGAUGCUGCUGCUGGUGUUCCUGCUGGAGACCUCCCUCGCCAUCCUCUUCUUCGCCUACGCUGACAAGAUCGACAGGUAUGCACAGCGGGACCUGAAGAAGGGCCUGCACCUGUACGGCACCCCAGGCAACGUGGGCCUCACCAACGCCUGGAGCAUCAUCCAGACAGACUUCCGCUGCUGUGGGGUCUCCAACUACACCGACUGGUUCGAGGUCUACAACGCCACGCGCGUGCCUGACUCCUGCUGCCUGGAGUUCAGCGAGAGCUGCGGGUUGCACGCGCCCGGCACCUGGUGGAAGGCGCCGUGUUACGAGACGGUGAAGGUGUGGCUCCAGGAGAACCUGCUGGCCGUGGGCGUCUUUGGGCUGUGCACAGCACUGGUUCAGAUCCUGGGCCUGACCUUUGCCAUGACGAUGUACUGCCAGGUGGUGAAGGCUGACACCUACUGCGCGUAGGCUGCCAGCUGCCCGCCACCCCUGCUUCGCUGCCAAAGGACGUCGCCCCUGGGGAGAUGACCGUGUCCCCACCUGCCUCUCCCACUACAGGACCUCCCACCAGCCCAGGCAUGGGGACGGGAGGAGCAGGCAGCCAGAGCCCGCAGGGCUCCCAGCCAGGCCUGUGAGCGUGGCG